AUGGGCUGUAAUGGUAGUACUAUGAGCAAAUCCAGUCAGCUGAUUGACAAGGAGAUUGCGGUGGACCGUAGGAAUCAAGAUAGAGAGAUCAAGUUGUUGAUACUUGGUGCUGGUGAUUCUGGAAAGUCAACUAUUGCCAAACAAAUGCGAUUCAUUCAUACCAAAGGCUUUGAUGACGAGGAGCUGAGAACCUUCAAAGACAUCAUGCAAUCAAACGUCCUACAAUGUCUCCAACUAUUACUACGCAAUCUAGAGAACUACCAACUUCGAGUUUCCUCUGAUCUAACAGACAAGGCCAACUUCUAUUCCAACUGUAAUCCAUAUGAACUGCCAUUAACUGAGAAUAUGUGUAAUGAUAUUACCAGUUUAUGGCUUGAUUCAUCAGUUAGAGAUGCUUUCAACAAUUAUAGACAUGAGUUCAACUUACCAGAGGUAGCUUCAUUUGCACUGGAUAAUGUACAGAGAAUAGCUGGAGAACUAUAUGUUCCAACACAAGAGGAUAUUUUGAAGUGCCGCCAGAGAACUACUGGAAUGAAGGAGACUGUCUUUAGUGUGGACAGUGUCAGGUUCCGUUUGCUGGAUGUGGGCGGUCAGAAGAACGAGCGAAAGAAAUGGAUCCACUACUUUGAGGACGUCAAGACUAUAAUAUACUGCGUGGCCCUUGGAGACUACAAUAUGAACCUAAUAGAGGAUGGCGCUACCAACAGAAUGCACGACAGCGUCAAGCUGUGGACCGAGAUUGUCAACAACAAGUACUUUGUCAACACGUCCUUCAUCCUGUUCCUCAACAAGAAUGAUAUCUUCCGUGAGAAGAUCACCAAGGAGCCACUGUCCAACUACUUCCCCGAGUACACUGGUGGCCUCAACUAUGAGCACAGUCUGGAAUUCAUCCGCAACCAAUUCCUACGUCCAGUACCAGUAGGCAAGACCGUUGUAGCACAUGUGACCACAGCAACUGACACUCAGAAUAUAUCCGUCGUCUUUGAUACUGUUAGACACUCCAUCGUCACACAGUUGCUCAAGACUCACUUCUAA